CAGUCCAUCUUGCCUCUCGUAUCGCUGCUGUCAGCCUCUGCCCGCUCGCCCUCCGUGUUAUUGUAGUAAAUAAUGGCGGCAUCGGGAGGCGGAUUACCAUCUCCCGCGACCGUGGCGGGCUUGAGCACCCAGAUGCCGGCCCGGGCUCGCUUCCCGGGUCGGCCGUGCUCGGCUCGCAGCAGGCUGCGCUCGGAGAAACGCACCAAACGCGGAAGGUUGGGCUCAGAAGACGGGGAUCUGCCUGCCGAAGGGCCGAGGCCCGUAAACAUCGGCCUCGCGUUGAGCGAGGACCCGUACCUGCUGCGUCUGCUCGGGGUGGUGGAGAAGCACAGGAGGCAGCGAGAUGCGGGCUUCGACUCCAGCAGCAGUGAGGAGGAGGAAGAUUUCACUGGAUUUGGGACCACAGCAGUUCGUCCACAGAAAGCUCCUCAGUCGUCAUUACUCAGCCAAGCAAAGGCUCCCCAAGCUUUAGGCCAUUCUCCAAAAGAAAAGCCUCUCAUUGGAAAGAUUCUUCCCAAGACACCAAAACCAGCUCUCAUUGGGAAAAUUGUACCAAGGGUCCCCAAAGAAGGCCAGGAGGUCAAAGAAAGUCCAACAGAAGACAAAGAAAUACCCAAGAUGGUGUUUAAACUGCACGGCAAGCAGGCUGCUGUCGCUGCAAAAGCCAGACAAGCAGGCGAGCUGGCCUCAGGUAAACAGAGCAGUACAGGAAAAUCCGCAGUUUCAGGCAGGACGCAAAACCAAACAGCCGCUACCUCAGCUGGUGGCACCAGAAGAGCUUCCAAGUUCAAAGAACCAGGAGAGGUGUCAGAGGACUCAGAUACAGACCAGUCCCAGCCACAGGCGUCUGUGAAACGCAGGCUUCAAAUCGGGCACAGACGCACAUCUCAAGUAGUUGUUCCUGCAUUCACUUUUCAGAAACGGCAGAGGAAGAGAAUGGCUAAGGGUACGGGUGCCUCUCCAGAGGCAGGAGCUGAGGCCGGCGCCCAGAGUGGAGAGGAGGCAGCGAUGCCCCUCGAGUGUAAAGCCGAAGAUUCCCCUGAAAAAAGAAAAAUGCACAAAAGUAAACGCAGAUCUUUGUUUGGGCACAAGCGAAAGACAAAAAUCAAUCCAUGCAUCACACGUCCAAAAAUUAGUCGUGUUCGCACUAAGCGUGUCUUUUACACGUAUGUAACGGAGCCUAUUCCGGGGGCACUGACGCCGACAAAUGAGCAGCAGCUGCAAAGUCAGAAUAUCACUCCAUCAGAGGGUGAGCCGAGUUUGUUUCCUGAACAAGUCCAGCAAAGCUCAAACAACUCGUCCAUUCCUGUGAUGAGUGCACGAUCCUCCCGCGUUAUUAAAACUCCAAAGAGGUUCUUGGAUGAAGAAAUGAUUGCCUUUCCAAAGGGCUCUCCGUCAACAUGGCUGAAAAGUCAGCAGAAAGAGGAGGAAAAACCAAGUCCAUCGUGUCAUGACUCGAGCUGUGACGGCAGCUCGCUGCUGUCAGACAGUGACUCGAUGUCUGCGGCCGACAGCCCGUCUGCAGUGACAAAGUUCUCAUCGAAGCCCAGGCCUGGCACGACCCACCUAGAGAUUUACAAGAACCUCAAGAAACUGACCUUGAAACUUGCAGAGAAAAGGAGAGGCCACUCUGAAACAGAAGGGGGUUUUGCACUUCAUGGCGCCGGUUUGACAACUCAUGUCAAGAAGAGACGUCGUUCCAAGCUCAUGAUGGAGGAGAUGGACUCUCCUGGUGUGGUUAGGAAACUCUCCGUGGUGGUGAACGCUGACAUGGAAACGACCUCGCAUCUGCCAUUAGGAGACACGGGGAACAAUAAUGAAGUAGGAUGUGUGACUGGUGGCAGCCAUGAGGCUCUGGAAGUCAGCGGGCCCAGCCAUCGAAUUGGUCUCAGUGGAGCCAAUAAGACAAUGCUCCACCUGCUGAAGAAAGCAAAAGUCCAGCUCAUCAAGAUCGAUCAGCAGAAGCAGCUCAAGAUGUCACAGUUGGGCUCCAGAGAAUCACGAGUGCCAGUUACUGGAAGAAGGAGGAGGAGGAGGAGAGUUGGCGAACCUCCCAAAGAUAUUGGUCCUCAGGAGCAGCCGCUGGGUGGUCCGAGGAUCAAACACGUGUGUCGCGCAGCAGCGGUGGCGUUGGGGCAGCCCCGCGCCAUGGUGCCAGAUGAUAUCCCCAGACUCAGCGCCCUGCCACUUCACGAGAGAGAGGGCAUCACUUUUUCUCCCGCUGCAGAAGAUGUGGCCGAUGAUGACGACGAUGAUGAUCAGGUCAGGGCUCAGUGGGUGUUCUCUCAGGAACACAUCCAGCGGAGGAACAGGGGGAGGGGGAGGGGCCGCGGGUUCAGAAAGAAGAAGCCCCUGUCGCGGUAUAUACCUGGCGGUGUCCGUUCCCGGCGCUGUGGACACUGCAAGGGCUGUUUGAUAGAGGAGGACUGCGCCAAGUGCGUCAACUGCCUCGAUAAGCCCAAGUUCGGCGGGCCCAACACCAAGCGCCAGUGUUGCAUAUAUAAGAAGUGUGCCCGGAUUGAAAAAGCAAAGUUUGAACGCAUCGUAAAACCGUUGAAAAUCCAGUCGCGGCGCUUCUCAGGUUCCCCGUCCGGCGGUGACGAUACAAACUGGAAUUCCAGAGACGGAGACGAGGGGUCGUCCUCGAUGACGCCCAGCGUCAGGAAACACAGCCUGCGUAACAUCACACCCCGCUCCUACAGCAGCCUGCUGAAGUCUGAAUCUGAGGACGAGGAGGAAGAAAUCGUAUUUAAAGAAGAAAAAGAAGAAGAAAAGGCAGUUAAAUCUCCAGUCAAGCCACCUGUAGCUGCUGCAACCAACCAAGAUCCUGCUCCUCAAGAUAAUGAAUCGCUGCCAGACGACCCUCCAGCUGAGGUGGUGAAGCCCCGCCGGCCGUUCCCCAAAGGACCUGGUAGCAGACCCAGAGCCUACAAGGAACAGGAGAACAUGGAAGAGACGGAGCCCAGAGAAAAUUUACCAGAAACCAGCCCAUCCAGGAGCCCAAUGCCGAAGCUGCAGAAGCAGCUGCAAAUACGCUUACACCGUCUGCCUGAUUUAAUCCUGCAGUCUGCUUUGUCUUUGCCAAAGCAGAUUCCCGAGUGUCCGGAUCAGUGUGUUACGCAGUCGCAUCCAAUGUUGUCCCAGCUUUUAACACAGCCUGCCAUUUCACAGUCAUCACAUUCCCCACCAAAGUCUCCUCCUGAACUGUCCCAGCCUGUAACACAUCCCGCUUUACCCCUUUCACCACAUCCCCUAACUGAGCCCACAAAGAAAUCUCUGCUGUUACGUUUGCACCGUUUACCCCUGACUCUGGUGCAGUCAGCCUUGCAUUUGCACAAAUUUAUAUCAUCAUCAUCAUCAUCCUCAUCAUUAUCAUCAUCAUCAUCCCAACAUCCCCAGCCCAGUGUGCACUCAGCUCUGACGGAGAUUUCGUCAAAGUUGUGUUUUCAGGAAGAGUCUGAGGUGCAGAACCCAGAUGUUUUGACUGAGACACACAGAGCUAACAAAGACAAAACUGUGCAAGUGCUCCCUCAGACUGUUGAUCCACACACAGAGUUACAGGAGGGAAUGCAAGAGGCGCAGCGGGACGAACGAGGGAAUCCGCCUGAAGAGAAGGAGGAUUCUGAAAAAGCGACGGUGCCGCAAAACUGUCCAACAACUGACCCACACUAUGUCCUUCGUUCCCAGAAUCCUGAGUGUGCAUCUGUGAACACCCUGACUGGGUUAACUAACGGAUUUCCCCAAAAGGGCCUGUUGGCGAACAAGUACAAGAUUCGUGUCGACUUCAAGGAGGACUGUGCUGUCCAGAACGUGUGGCUAAUGGGCGGCCUCAGCGUCCUCACGUCUGUCCCCACAACACCACAACCUGUCUGUCUGCUCUGCGCCAGUAAAGGACGACAUGAGAUGAUAUUCUGCCAGAUCUGCUGCGAGCCUUUCCACAGUUUCUGCCUCUCAUCAGAGGAGCGCCCUCAGAAGGAAAACAAGGAGAACUGGUGCUGCAGGCGAUGCAAAUUCUGCCAUGUGUGUGGCCGUCGAAGCAAGAGCACAAAGCCUGUGUUGCAGUGCAGGAGAUGCCAAACCUCCUACCAUCCUUCCUGCUUGGGACCAACUUACCCAAAGCCCAUGAACUGCAGCAUGCCUUGGGUGUGUAUGACGUGCAUUCGGUGUAAAAGCUGCGGUGUGACUCCUGGAAAGACCUGGGAUUUAGCCUGGAACCACGAGCAGGAUCUUUGUCCCGACUGCAGUUCUGCCCACAAAAAAGGUAAUUUCUGCACCAUCUGUGACAAAUGCUACAAUGACGACAACCAGCGCAAACAGAUGAUUCAGUGUUCACAGUGCAGCCACUUGAUUCAUUACACAUGUGAAGGACUUUCAGAUGAGCUGUUCGGGUUGCUGUCGAGCCAUCCGGAGGAAGUGUCUUUCACCUGCUCCCCGUGCAGCCAGAACGAAACUGAAUACAGCAGCUUGAAGGUGGAGCUGCAGAGCCGACUGGUGAACGGGCUGCAGGAGGUGCUCACUGACCUCCUCUCCAACGACGCCACAGAGCACCUCCUCAUCUGUAAAAUGUGUCAAGAAACAAACGACACACAGUUUUUCAGGGAACAGCAACCAGUGUGUGAUCUACAAGCCGUGGAGAAGAAGUUUAGAGGGGGCGGUUACACCUCAAUAAAAGUUUUCCAUGCAGAUGUCGUCUCUGUAAUGAGGAAGUGGCAGAAGGAGGAGGAGCUUCUCCCUGAGGACCAGAGACCAACCAGUCAGGCCAGGGCACACUAUUUCAAAGUGAUUGAGCAAGUGUUCAGCUGGUUUUCUGCAAGUAAUCUAAAGAAGUGGAACUCGUUCUCUGAGGAAUUACCAAGCGGCAUGCUCCCUGAGGCGGUCCUCCCUCCUUCUAAGGAGCACAGCUAUGCACAGUGGCUGGAGAGGACAUACCAGCCCAGAGAGUCCAGGGGCCCACAAGCGGGGAGAAACGACUCUGUGCUGUCCUCCGUCACUGCUCGGCAGCCUUGUGUAUCACACAGCCUCCCUCUGAAAUCACACGAUGUAAAAAGUGAUCUGGAAACUUCCAUGACUGAAGACGUGAGGCAGUGCGCUCUGUGCCAACAAUAUGGAGACUCUGCUCCCCGGGAUGCAGGACGGCUGCUGUACUUGGGACAGAACGAGUGGGCCCACAUUAACUGCGGCCUCUGGUCUGCAGAGGUCUAUGAGGAUAAUAGUGCUCUGAUGCAAGUGCACAGUGCGGUCUCAAGAGGGCGUCACCUGCGCUGUGAUCGUUGUGGGCAGUCAGGAGCCACUGUGGGCUGCUGUCUUUCCACCUGCCAGAGUAAUUUCCACUUCAUGUGUGCCCGUGCGGCAAACUGCGUGUUUCAGCUGGACAGGAAGGUGUACUGCUUCAAACACAGGGAUCUCGUCACUGCGAAGAUGGUGUCUGGGAAAGGCUUCGAAGUGCCUCGGCGGGUAUACGUGGACUUUGACGGGAUCAAUCUCAGGAGAAAGUUCCUCACAGGCUUGGAGCCAGAAUCCAUAAACAUGACCAUAGGCUCUCUGCAGAUUCAGAAACUUGGUGUGUUGUCAGAGCUGUCAUCAAAUGGAAGAAUGCUGUAUCCAGUCGGCUAUCAAUGUUCUCGGUUGUACUGGAGCACUGUGGACCCUCGCAGACGCUGCAAGUACACCUGCAAGGUGACAGAAGUGAGCACGCCUCUGCCCGGGGAGGAACAAGAUCCGAGGUGGGACCAAGAAGAGAAUCACACCAUCGCCCACAGCCCGCACCACCACAGAGAUGCGGAGUCCCCAGAUCGUUUAAGCCUUUCCUCUAGCCCGAUAAAAUCCACUACUCCAUCACCCAACUCUAAACAAAACAGCACACCAGGAUCCAAAAGUCCCGGUUACACUCAGACCAGGAGACCAGCAGGAGGAUCAUCCCGACCUCUUCCGUCUCCAGGGUCCACUCUUCCUAAAUCCCAUCAUGUCCUGACACUGAGGGACCUGGAAGACACCCGUCGGCCUCGCAGGCUCUCCUCAAGAAGCCGCUGCAGUUCCUCACCAACAGACAGCGACCCGUCGGUUCCGAUGACCCUCCGCUCUGGCGGCACUGUCCACUCCAGGUGCGCCCUGUUUAGCUCGCCUCCCAGGUCCUCAAACUUGGCAGCGACCUCACCUCCUCUAUCACGACAAAACUCCGCCUCGCCCGUCUGGAGCUCCCCGCCACGAUCCAACUCCAGCAUUUCUGCAGGGCUGUCGCCUCGACGAGGACUCAUCACUCACUCCCCCAGAGGGAGGCAGGCAUUUAAAAUCACCACUCCAGUUUCUGCCGAGGUUCCUCAAGACUUCCUUGCGUCUUCCGAAGCAGAAGACGCAGCAGUGGCCACAACCAACGGGAUCUCACUCGCCCCUGAUAACCUGGAAGAGGAGGUGGCUCAUCUGAUGGCGCAGGAGCUGCCGUACACUGUGUUCGACACCGACACAGAGGUCGCUGUGGCCUCCAUGCUGAACGCUAAGCUUGAAUUUGACGAGGCUUUGCUCACAGAGAACGUGACGCUUCACUGUGGCGCACAAGGCGGGAGAGGAGAAGCGGGAGUGCAAGAUGUGGAAAUGCAGGUAGAUAAUCAGGACUCUGGAGAUGAAGACUCGAGCCAUUACUUUAAAUUUUCCCGCACGGUGGUGUGUGACGCAGCCAGCAGCUCCGACGCCACGGGUCAGCUCACUUCAACACAGUCGAUCUCACAGUUGGACGGAGCGGACGGCGGGUCGGAGAGCGAUGAAAGCGAGGUGGUCGAGGAUGAAGUGCAGCACACAGGAGGAGAAAAUGAAGAGAUAAAGAUUCAUACAAACCAUAACACACCGACUAAACAGCUGACGGUCGCUCUGAAAAGGCUGGAGUCCAUUUACACUGUGUCAAAGCCAGCAGCUGAGCCGGAGUAUUUGCCACCAUCUGAUGUUUUUGAAACAGAUUUUGCAAAUGAUGACAUGUCCGUUCAGGAGGAAGUGGUCCCGAUGAGCUCUGAAUCACCAACACAAACGUCUCAAAAUGAGGUGAUUUUGGAUUCAACCACUGGACAUUUUGUUUCCGGUUCAGAUGGCAGCGUGAUGUACCCAAGUAACGUUAAAGCUGGCUUAAAAGACGAAAGCUGCUCAUCGACCGACUCCGUUGAAGAGUUUAAAGAUGAUUUGAAUGACCCUGACUACUCUCCGGAGGAUAGUCCAUGUCCAGAGCGUAAAAACAAAAGAUCUCCCCCAGCGAUGACGAAAAGCAUCUUUGCGAAGCACAAGCGUCCCUCAUCAAACCACAGACGCCUGUCGCCAAAACCGUGUAUUCCACAGCAGCGCAAACUCAAACUGAUGAUUCCCGCUCAACCUAUGCAGACUGUAAAUAAUGCAUCCCCUGCUACUGCCACUGUUUCACGCACAGUCACCUCCCCCAUUGUGAUCAACGGCUUAAACGUACCUGUUCAGCCUGGCGCCUCACAGAACAGAACCAUCGCCAUUCGCUUGGAUAACUCGAGGGCAGGAAGUCAGCCGCAAGUUACACUUCAGAAUCAAGCUGCAGCCAGUAGCUCGUCACUGUCCCCGGCUCCCGCCCCUCAGGUCCUUUUGGUUAACCGACAAGGUCAGAUUUUAAUCAAAGACCCGAGAUCAAACACUUAUCAGUCACUUAGUACAAACUCUCCCGCCUACAAUAAAAUAAGCCAGAUCGCCAAGAUUCUCCACAGUGGUAACGCCCUGCAGCGAUCAGUCCCUCGCGUCAUAAUAAAGCCUCGUUCCAGCAUCUCCGCCACAAACUCCCCUUCUGCCGAUAACCACACACCAACAUCGGAGAAAAAAAUCAUUCUCAGAGUGGUGCCUGUGAAAAGCCUUGUGACUCCGGCCCUCGCCACUCCGGUCAGCAUGGAGAGCUCUACUGAAGCAGGUUUUUCCAGUAUUGAAGAAAGCACAGCGCAGGCUAUUAUUGACAGAGCCAUGGCGACCCACCGCGACGAGACAAAGACGAAACCCCUCAUCCUCACUAAAACUCAACAGCCAAAGGUGAAAAAGGGAAAGCCUCCACAGCUCCAGGACACAGACGUGUCAGAUCAGUCACCAGCUGCACCGUCAGAGUCCCCCGGUGCUUCCCUCUGUGAACCAAUCGAUGUGCAGCCAACUCCUCCAUCACCACGCCCCCUGGUGAGGGUCAAGAGGGUGUCGUCUGUGUCCGAACGUCCCUCCAGGAAGAAAUCCAAGAUUGACUUCUUGACGGAUCCCACAAGCGAACCAGAAGAAGUGAAUGAAGCCAGCAGACCGAGUGGAGUGAGAAUGAAAGCUCCAUCAAUGAAGGAAAUCCUUGACAUGGACCAGGAGAAUAUGCCACGAAAACCAGCGCAGUUAAGGAUCACUGCUCCUCCUGCACCUCCUGCACCCUCCAGGCAUCCUCGGAUUGAGAGUCCAACCUCAAGCACACAAAACAACAGUCUUAUUCAGGGUAAAACGCACAUGUGGGUCAGCGCUCGCCACGGAGACCUUUCUGAUUGGGGCCCUUAUUCAGGUUUUAGCUCGGAAGAAGACGUACCUGCACCCAAACACAGAAAGAGGACGUAUCUGAACCAGCCCCACCUGCGCUUUGAAAUCACCAGUGAUGACGGAUUCAGUGUGAAAGCGAACAGCAUAGAGGUUGCCUGGCGUGCGGUGAUCGACGGCGUCCUCGAAGCUCGAGCGGGCUUCCACCUGAAGCAGCUGCCUCUGGGCGGGAUGAGCGGGCCGCGGGUGCUCGGCAUCGUCCACGAUGCGGUCAUCUUUCUGCUGGAGCAGCUGCAGGGCGCUGCAAACUGCAAACGCCACCGCUUCCGCUUCCACCGAUGUGAUGACAUCGAGGAAGAGCUUCCCCUCAAUCCGAGCGGCUGCGCUCGUUCUGAAGUCUACACGCGGAAAGCAACUUUCGAUAUGUUCAACUUCCUGGCCUCGCAGCACAGAGAGCUCCCGGUCGUCAUCGGCUCCCUCGAUGAAGAGGAUGAUGAAUUCCCACUGAAGUCUUCCAGGAGAGCCACCAGCAGUGAGCUUCCCAUGGCGAUGAGAUUCAGACACCUGGAAAAAAUCUCCAAAGAAGCAGUCGGAGUUUACAGAUCUGAAAUUCACGGUCGCGGCCUUUUCUGCAAAAGGAACAUCGAGGCUGGUGAGAUGGUGAUCGAGUAUGCCGGCACCGUCAUCCGCGCCGUCUUGACUGACAAGCGGGAGAAAUAUUAUGACAGCAAGGGCAUCGGCUGCUACAUGUUCCGCAUCGACGACUUCGACGUGGUGGACGCGACGAUGCAAGGCAACGCGGCUCGCUUCAUCAACCACUCGUGCGAGCCGAACUGCUACUCCCGCGUCAUCAACGUGGACGGACGCAAGCACAUCGUCAUCUUCGCCCUGAGGAAGAUCUACCGCGGAGAGGAGCUGACGUACGACUACAAGUUCCCCAUCGAGGACGACAACAACAAGCUGCACUGCAACUGUGGGGCGAGACGCUGCCGCCGCUUCCUGAACUAGUACAACACGCACACACGCAUAAACGCACACAAUGUACCUGUAGCCAUCUUGUUUAAUGCACUUAAUUCAGGAGGCGGACUUUGAUGGACUGAUAAUGGCGACAUACAAAGACCUGCAUCUACUGAGUGUCUUGGCUUUGUUGGAAUCUUAAUUUAUAGACUGACGGAGGACGCCGUGUGUUCGUUUCUGUCCUCUGAACUGCUGUCAAAGGUCACCUGGUUAGAGCCAUAUGUCAAAUCUUGGGAUUAUUUAUGUGAUUUUUGGACUGCUGGAUUGUUGGUCUGUUAAAAAAAGUGCAGUUUAAUUAAGAAAACUGCAUAUUUUUUGGGAUUAGUGUACUGUAUUACCACCCCAUACACCACCACAUUCUUUCAGUUUUAUAUUGUUGAAUAUGUCAGUAGCCUCUGCUGGAACUGGGGCGAUUAUUACCAGCUACAAUUGGUGCAAACUUUAAUAAUCUGAUCGCAGCUAUUACUGGAUCUGUUAUUCUGCUGGGGAUUUUUUUGUAAAUAAAAGGUCACAGAGAAGUGAUGCAGCACCUUACUUUGACAAAACCUUCUCUGGCAGCACUGGUGUCGCAGCAGACGGGACAAGUUUUACUUUGGAGCGAAACAAUUCAACUCAAAGCACCUCGUGUACACUGUAGUGCAGCUACAUUUUAACCUCUGGAUACUACCAAGUCUUGUGAGCAGGGACUCCUAUUUUAGGUGCUGGUGACAUUUAACCCAAAAGGUAGUUUUAAUAUAUAGUCACCCAAACCUUUUUUUUUUCUUCCCACCCCUCACUCAGUCAGUUCCUGUUUUUAUUUGUGACAGCAGAGACGCUGUGAGCUUUUAUUCCACCUUUCCUCUUUAUUUGUGCUGUUUAUGUAUUUUAAGGUCUAUGAGGGAGAGUUUCCUUGCUGCAGGGUUCAAUCUGAAUAUAGUGAUCUCGCUCUGCACAGUCCCUUAUAUAUCCUUUUUGUAUUUUUGUAUAUUUGAACAAUAAAUGUGUAUUCAACAAACUGAUGGAAAUAAAUGUGUUUGAGCUUUUAACUUUCUAUUUGUAAGUGAAGGCUGAAUAAUAGACCCGAGGCUAUUGCGGAGUCAUGAGUUACUCGAAGUUAAUCUUUUUUUUGUUUGUUUGUUUGCACCCUCUUCCUCCUGUUUCUUUGUCUCUCACAGGUGUACUACCUCAAAUGUGUUAAUGAAGCAACAUUAAUUUAAUUACAACAGCUUCCUCUUUUCCUCAUUGUUCAAUCUUUCGAAACAUUACGUCUUGAUAGUAAGAAAACAAAACAUCAGUUACUAUUAAACACUGACUUGCUAUUAUGCCUGCAAUUAUUUGUUAGAUUAGGUGGCCACCUUUCUCUGUGCUCAUGUUCUCCUGUGUGCAGCCACACCCAGCUAAUGUAGAUAGGAUACUAGGUUGAAGGUUGAAUGCUGUGGAAGAAUGUUUUGUUUUUUUAUUAAUAACUGACACGCAAAGCUUUGUUACUUUAUCUGCUCAAAUGGAUCCUUGCCUGUACAUAGUUGUAUAAAGAAUUUCUAAACCUGUUAAAUAUUUUUUUACCUACAAUUUCUUUUUUUAAUUUAUGUUCAAUAAAAAUUUGAAAUGUUCAAA